AUGUCUUACUUCUCUCACGACAAAGCCAUAGGAAAAGGAACAGUGGACCGGCGGCGGCGGCAUUCCCUUCGCUUUGUGUGGUGGGUCCUCCUUUUUCUUUGUUUCUGCGUGUUCGUGGUUUUCAACCCGUAUGCUACCUCUCUCCUAUUUCCGGGUCUGCGGCGAGCGCUGAGAGAGCGGGAAAACUCCGCGGCUUCUGAGACUCAGUCAUCCCUCGCUGAGAGCGCAUUUCACAGAUCUCAGCUGGAGGCGACUCACAGCGCGCGGGCUGCGGAAACUCGGAGACCGGCGAUGCGGAGAGGGGUGAAAUACUAUCGUUGGUCUCAUAUGGCAUCAUCCCAACUUCAACGUCAGCAGCCUGGGACCAUCUUCUUUUUGUUCUACGAUGAGAAACAACUCGCAGAGAGCGACAAAAAAACUCCAGAUUACGGGGAGAACGGUCGCAGGCAGGAAGGUGGAGGGGAGGAUCAGGAGGGGAAACUUCUUUCUGCCUUUCAAGACGUUGCUGUGGACUUCAGCAGCCAACCCAUAUUUCAUGUGAGCGUCAUGAAGUCCCUCAUGCACCACUGGGCGUACAUUCUACCGGAGGGGAGCGAGGAACAACUGCCUCUUGCCCUUAUCGUUGAGAUGAACAGGGGAUGGAAAAAGUUCAUCCUCAACGACAGACACCUCAAUUACGAGAAACUCCGAAACUUUGAGGAACAAUACCUUAGGGGACAGCUAACACCAUCUCUGCGAUCUGAGUCGGCAAGCACUGUGGAGCCGCGGCCACAGCAAGUGGUCGUUCCGCUUGUUGGCGACACCUUCCGAAAGAACGUGAUUGAGAGCAGGCACGAUGCCCUUGUAUUUUUUUACGCACCAUGGUGCGGCUUCUGCAAAAGAUUCGAGCCCCGCCUCCGUCAACUUGCCGCUGAGUUCUCAAAAAUCAGGUCCCUCCGUUUCUACAAAAUGGACGUCACAAAGAACGAUAUUGACCACCCGCACACCCGCGUGGAACGGGUGCCUCACGUGGUACUUUACCUUCGCGAGAAGAAAACGGACGUUCCCCUGAGGUUUGAUCAUUCGGUGGAAGAUGUCGUCGGCUACGGGAAGGAGUUCCUCCUGCAGCACGCGACCUGCAAACACAUUGACCUCGAGAACGGGGAAGACUGCGACUUCGGAGACACACCCGCUCAUGAGUUCUAG